AUGUUUGCCAUCCAUAUUGUUAAGAGUUGGAUUGACCAUUAUCUAACAUGGAAUCCGCUCGAGUUCGGUAACAUUCAAGAAGUUCGACUUCCGAUUUCGAAAAUCUGGAAACCUGACGUGCUACUCUACAACAGCGUCGAUCAACAUUUCGAUAGCACCUGGCCAGUGAACGCUGUGAUUUACCACACUGGGAAUGUCACCUGGAUUCCACCAGCUGUGAUCCGUUCCAGUUGCAGCAUUGACAUCGCUUAUUUUCCGUUUGACUCACAGAAUAUUGGGAUUGCCUUUCACUUAGAUCUCACUUCAAAACGUUCGAUUUUCUACUAUGAAUGUUGUCCGGAACCAUACUAUGAUGUCACUUUCACCAUAUCAAUAAGAAGAAGAACCUUAUAUUACGGGUUCAAUCUCGUCCUGCCAUGCAUGUUAAUUUCCGCGUUGGCCUUGCUCAGCUUCACCUUACCGGCUGAUUCGGGUGAAAAGCUGAAUCUAUGCGUUACGAUUUUUAUGUCGCUUUGUGUAUUCAUGCUAAUGGUUGCCGAAGCUAUGCCACAAACUAGUGAUGCACUGCCUCUUAUCGGUAGUAUCAUUUUAUAUGCUUAUCAGCACCAUAGACCAAGUGAGGAAAACAUUCCAGAAGUGUACUUCUCGUGCAUUAUGUUCGAAGUUGGAGCAUCAGUGGAACUGAUGCAUGCUGAACGGGCCGACUGGAUGUUCGCAUCGAUGGUGAUCGAUCGUGUGUGCUUCAUCACAUUUUCGUUCUUUCUUAUUCUUUGCACACUUGUUUUGUCCUAUCAGGCACCGCAUAUAUUUGUCUGA